AUGACGAGCGAUUCGUUAAUGCUGACUCCGUCGACAUUGUUACAUGCAUCGGAUACGUUGACGGUAAUCGACGAUAAGUCAGUUAUUAGUAUUUAUGAUAUUCGCAGUAACCGACGGCGUUUAUUCGUAUUGAUUAUGAUCGCUUUUUCAUCUAUUAUACUUCCAUUUUGUGAUACGGUUUACUUACCAGCAUUAGCUCAAUUAGAACACGAUUUGAAGACAAGUACGACAUUGGUGGAUUAUACCAUUUCAUCGUAUCUAGUAACAUGUGGAAGUUUUGGUUUGCUUUGGGGUCCAUUAAGUGAUCGAUUCGGCCGAAAGAUUAUACUUUUAAUCUCGUUUGCCUUCUUUACAGCGUUUACUAUCGUGUGCACGCUUGCUCGUUCGAUAAUCGUUCUAUUAAUUUUCCGUUCAUUACAAGGCGGAGCAAUAUCUGCAUCGUUGAUUGUGGGACAAAGUGUUGUGGUAGACAUGUAUCCGCCGGAACGGCUCGGUUUCGCCAUGGGUCUUUUUCUUGUUCCGUUACUAGUCGGACCAAUCAUCGGUCCAUUUAUUGGUGGCGCUCUAGCGAGCUCAUUCGGAUGGCGAAGUACAUUUGUCGCUUUGAUAAUUAUGGCAGCGAUUUCGACAAUUGUUAUUCUCGUAUUCGUACCGGAAACUCAUCAUUAUUUUAUAACGCAGCGUCAGUUGAAAUUAGGAAAGAAAAUCAAAACGAACACAAUUCGCGAAAUUCAUUCGAUUAGCAAACCUACUUUUAUGCCACCAUGGCGACCGUUCGUCUUCUUACUUGAUAUAACCAUAGCACCGCAUAUCUUCGUAUGCGCUACUAUUUUCGGUACUCUAUUUGUUUCGCUGACUCUGAUAGCCAAUCGAGCAGCUGACAAACCAUAUUCACUCUCGCCAUUCCUUAUCGGUCUCUGUUAUAUUCCAACUGGUACUUGUUCAUUGCUCGGCAGUCUGUGCGGUGGUUAUGUGUCCGAUUGGUCAGCGAAGCGUUUUUCACGAAUAGCGGAAGGUCGUCUGGUUAUUAGCUUAUUGGGUGCGACUUUAUGUCCAAUGGGAUUGUUACUAUGCGGGUGGACAUUUCAUUUCAAUGUUCAUAUAGUGGUGCCGCUGAUUGGUGCGUCGAUGUUUUGUUUUGGUGAAACGUUUAUAUUCACAAGUGUUGCCGCUUUUGUUAAUGUAAAAAGAUCAGCAAUGGCCGGUGCAAUUCUCGCCCUUAUCAACGCACUCAGUUUUGUAUGUGCUGGCCUAGGAAUUAUCGGUGCAAUUCCUUUAGUAGCAGUGAUUAAAUUCGGACCUUUGUUUAGUCUUUUAGCUGGAUUAUCAUCGUUCACCAUUAUUAUCGCCAUGGUGGUUGUAGCGAACCAAUUUCGAAAAACAGCAUUUAUCAUCAGAGCAUCCGAUCUACCGAAAGCUGAAUCGUUCUCGAUCAAAAACAAGCAAAUUAUAGAGGAAUCAACUUCACUGCAAUGGUUCUAG